AUCAGUGGUAAAAACACCUGAGGUCUUGGAUGAUAGCAGGCUUUAAAUCUCCGAGGCAGUCAGGGGAUUAGCAGAGUAUUAGUGUGUACAAACACACACACAGUGUUUUAGGAGAAGAACUUGGUUGGAUAUUUUACCUGACCCAGAUUGUGUUUCUUAAAUUUAGCUGAACUCUACAGGGAUACUCUUAUGGCGGUCAAUGAGAACAAGGAUAGAGCUGAAAGGGAAACCACGGGCCUUGAGAGGGAGAUGACAAAGGAGGAUGUUUCAGUGCUUGAGGAAGGAGAUGCUACAAUUGGCUGCCAAAAUCGAGUGUCUCCCUAUCAGCGGCCAGUCACCCACCAGGUGUCCUCUGCACCAAUGCCUGACGACUGUGAAUUCGCCUUUUUCGACCCCAGCGACCCACAAUGCAAGGAGGUUCUGCAAGAUCCCUGCACCACCAUACCAGAACUGUUUGCUGUUCUUCGGCAAUGGGUUCCCCAGGUUCAGAAAAACAUUGACCUGAUUGGCAACGAGAUCAUCAAGAGAGGUUGUGGUGUAAAUGAUCGAGAUGGCCUGACGGACAUGAGCCUUCUGCACUACUGCUGCAAGGCCGGAGCCCCAGGCAUUGGUGAUGCAUAUAAAGCAGCUGCCUUUGCCCGACAGAUACUCUCCCUGGAUGCAGAUCCGAAUCUUCGCUCUCGGUGGACAAACAUGAGGGCUCUGCAUUACGCUGCCUACUUUGACGUGCCCCAGCUUAUUUGUGUGGUGAUGCAGGCCUCUCAGCCUGAAGAUGUAGAUGCCACCUGCAGUGACUUUGACUUCGGCACUGCCCUGCACAUUGCAGCAUCCAAUCUGUGCACAUCAGCUGUCAAGUGUCUUUUGGAGCUGGGAGCUAAUCCUACUUUAAAGGACGAUAAAGGCCAGUAUCCAUUUGAUGUUGUUCCUGACCCUCUCAACAUGUCCUUGGAGAUGGAGGAUGCUGCCGCCUUGGCCAAAGAGCUCCGGACUUUACUAAGAGAAGCUUUGCCACAGCCUGGUUUCUUGCCAAGUACAUUGCAAGUCCAGCCCCCUCAUUCUCUUUACGAAAAGGCGAGAACACAUCUGGCUUCCAUCGGAAUCCGACUUGGUGACCGUGUAAUGAUAGCUGGGAAGAAGGUUGGAACUCUGCGAUUCUGUGGCAGCACAGAGUUCUCUGAGGGGCUUUGGGCUGGCGUGGAGCUUGACAAUCCAGAGGGGAAGAAUGAUGGCUCUGUAGCAGGCAUCCAGUAUUUUACCUGUCAAUUCAAACACGGAGUAUUUGCUCCUCUUACCAAGAUAAGCAAACCUUUGGAAAGGUGUAAAACAAGCACCAGUAAAGGGUCUACACCCGUACGUCCCCCUCGUCGUCCCUCCAAGAUUAACACAGGAUUGGGUGUUUUCUCCCAAUCGCUCUCCUCUUCUUCAUCCUCACUGGACUCCCUUCAUGGACGGCGUCUUAGACCGCAUCCGAGGCAACGUCUUUCUGUCAGGCAGCAAUGGGAGCAGAGUCCUCGGAGCACACCCUCCCCAGGCCUUCGCUCUUCUCCUGGCGUAGCUGCAACAGGAAGUCUACGAAGCCUAUCCCCCACUGCUAGGGGCCCUGAUGUGCGCCUGGGGGACAGAGUGCUGGUCGUUGGCCAGAGAACCGGCAUAGUUCAAUACAAUGGGAAGACCAGCUUUGCUCCAGGAUUCUGGUUGGGAAUCGUACUCGACACACCCAGUGGGAAGAACGACGGCUCAGUGGGUGGUGUAAGAUAUUUCAGCUGCCCACCAAGGCAUGGAGUAUUUGCUCCUCCAUCUCGUGUUCAAAGGAUUCAUGGAUCUGUUGAUUGCCUCUCAGAGCUCUCCUCGUCGCAUCUCAAUCGUCCUUUCAGCGGAACGAUCCGUCGCAGUUCAAGUACAUCGUCUACUAUCGCCGCUCCAAAGGAAACAAGCAAUAGAAGGCCUGUUACCAGGAGCCGUUCCAACCCUCAUCGCCAACGCUGGAACACCCUGAGUGGCGGCAGCCGCAGCGUUCCAGGCAGUACUGCGGGUAUCGUUUCCAGUUCUGACUGCCAGGUCCGCCUCCAUGUGGGCAUGCAGGUCCUGUUGAACAGUGCCAAUGAGAUGGCGUCCAUCCGUUACUUGGGCACAGCUGACUUCGCCCCUGGCCUGUGGCUGGGUCUCGAGCUCCGAGGCCCCAAAGGAAAGAACGACGGCUCUGUUGGUGGCCGCCGCUACUUCACCUGCCGCCCUGGCUGUGGCAUGCUUGUCCGUCCGAGCCGUGUCACCUAUCAUGGGAUCAAUGGAUCCCGCUUGGUGGAUGAAAACAGUUGAGAACAGGAAUUAUUCCAACACAACUCCAGAGAAGGUGCACUUGUAGGUGGGAUCUGUUUGUGAGUCUUACAUCAAUCGAUCAGAGAUUUUUUAUUUAGAACUUGUGGGUUAAAACCUACCUUGAUCCUCCAAGCCUAGCUAAUUGUUAUGUGAAAUACUGCACUUUAUUGAAUAAUAUUUGAAUUCCCAAUGGAAUAAACUGCAGAAGGGAGCAUUUAAAAAUAUAUAAAGCACUGCAAUACUUUUAAAUAAAAAUUAGUUUCCUAGAUCAGAAUAUAUUCAGCAGGUUAUAUGGAUAUGCACAUUUUUAAAUAUAGUUUGAAAUUUAAAAUCUCUGUAGGAUAAUUUAGGUGCAUUACCCUAAGCAGAAGUGUUUUUCAUCACUAAUAACUUGGAUACAAGAGAGUAACUACAUAUGUGUGUGUUUUACAUUAAAUUGAUGGACAUAAAGUCAGUCUAAUCAAAACUUCCAUUCUAAUACAAUUGGAGCACCACAAAUAUAUCUUACUGUACAAUGUCAAGUAGUGAUAAAAAUGACUGAAAUGCACAUGGUUUUGAGCCCAUCCUUACUUGGCAUACUAAAAUAGGAGUCUAGCAGAGAACAACCUAAAGGGGAACUGCACUUUUUGGGGAUUUUUUCCCAUCCACAAUCCUUAUGUGAGUAGUUUUCCUUUCUGUGUGUUCUAAAUAUUGUAAAUCUGCUCGUACGAGGUGGCUAACAAUGCAGGGAAUGGGAUUAAUCUACUCCGCCAAUAAAGUGCUCUAAAAAACUUAGACUUAGACUUAGACAAACUUUAAUGAACCACAAGGGAAAUUGUUCAACACAGUAGCUCAGUUACAAUGAUGGAAAGUGUAAGGAUGAAAAAAAAGGACAAUGCCGGUAUAAAUAGACUAAAUUUAGCGAUAUAAAAUCUAACAUAUAUACAAAUAUAUACAA